AUGCUGGCUCUUCACCUCUUACUCGUAGCGCUCCGGCUAACUGCCGCAGCUCCCAUGGACCAUGGACACCAUGGACUGAGUUGGGAGGAGCUCUAUCAUCAAAGUUGGCCUCAAUUGCCGUACUCGCCAGAUUCGAGCAGCGAGGCUGCUCAGUAUGGACAAGAAUCGAGCUCGUCCUGGUCGCCACAUGCGUUUCCUCCUUCAAGCCCGCAGCAGUGGGACUUCGAUGCUCAAGUUCCUUCACCUGGACAUCAGCCCGCCGGCGCAGAUCAAGACACGGAUGUGAUUACCAUCUCCGACGAUUCUGCUCACGGGGCACACGCACAUUCCAACGAUGUGAUCACCAUAUCUGACAGUGCUUCUCAGGAGCCAGAGUCAGUUUCGAGCACCGAAAGUACGGGUCGUCAAGGCGUGCCGGCAUCAAUGUCUACUGCGGACCAUCACUCUCAGAUCGCAGGCUCUUCGCGUGUGCGACGCCCAGCCUCGACUUCCAGCUGGUGGGAGCCAUCUUCUGUGCGCGCCAUCAAGACCAUUCCGCCCCUGCGACAAGACCGCAGGUACGUGCAAGCCUCGAUCGGCUUCCGAUCCGAUCCUGCCCUCCAAGGUCAAAUCAACACUCGGCUCUUCGGCGACAAGAUGCACUGGGUGCCCGACGACCAGCUGGCACUCCUCUCCAACACUCUGUUGCGCAACAUGUGGCCAUUGAGACGCGCUAGUCGCCCGGUGCUCUUCGUCGACCCCCCGCGCACGCCCAGCGGUGAUCCGCAGAUCAGGCUCUACAUGACGCAGCACUCGCGUUCAAUGGGCAGCAACGCGCUCUCGGCCAGCACGCUGGGUCAGAGGCCGCAUUACCUUUUCUGGGGAGUACAGGAAGGGCCGUCGGGAACGAGCGUGGUAAUCUACGGCGCCGGUCAUAUUGAAACGAGCGACCACGAGGCUGUCAACAGGCACCUGCAGCCUCUGCUCGAUGGUCUCAAGCGUGCUGUCUAG